AUGGCUGAUUCUUUAGCUAAUUCAAGGGCCAAAAGGCUAAAAGUUGAUAAACAUGGUCGAAUGUCAGCAUUAGAAAAACUAAAACAAUUAAAGGGGAAGGGUUCAAAACAUAAAUACGAUGUUGAUGAACUAGAAAACGUUUAUGAUACAGUGGAUGAAAGUGAAUAUAGUGAACGAGUUCUUCAACGACAAGAAGACGAUUGGAUCGAAGAUGAUGGAACGGGAUAUGUUGAAGAUGGUAGAGAAAUUUUUGAUGAUGAGGAUGAGAUUGACGAUACUUAUGUGGCAGCAGACAGUAAAGAGUCUGGUCGAGGUCUAAAGAGAAAAGCUAGAGUUGCUCCACUGGCAGCUGGAAAGGGCAAUAUCAGAAAUCUCUUAGGGUCAAUGCCAACUAAGAAAAAAGAGGAUGUAAAAAUAUCAGAUGAUAACAUUUUAUCUGAUAUCAUGUCAGACUUGGAUGGGACUACAUCAGCAACAGCCAAACCCAAACCAUUAGUGCCUAACAAAAUUAAUAUUGUUGAAUCAAACAAAAGAGAGGCUCAAAAUUAUUUUAAGAAUUUGUCAUCUUCAAUUAAGAAACCUACAGUCACAAAAGAAGAUCCACAAGAACCUGAGAAAAUUUCUACGAUUAUAAUAAAAGAGUCUGUAGCUAUUCCUAAAACAGAUUCUCAAACAAAUAAAGCGCCUGAGAACUCAAAUGGCCCAACUGCAUCAAAGAAAUCAGAAUGGAAAAUAGACAAAGAGAUAAAGAAAGAACUGGAAGACUCUGCAACACAAAAUAUAGAAGAAUUUCAAACUCAAGAUUUUGAUUUCCCAGAUGACUUCAGUAAUGAUGCAAUACUUGAAGCUCCAAGUGUCAAAGAUGAACUUCCAGUCUCUAACACAAUAACAGAUGUGGCUGAAGAAUUUUUAAAUGAGGAUUUCGAUAUAUUCCCAGUUAAAAAAGAAACCAAAGAAUUAAAACCUCUAACUAGCAAUUGGUCUGAACAAACUAACAACCAAGUUGUUGCAAAUUACUCCUCUGAUGUUACAUUACCCUUACAAACUAAUAAAGAAGGGGAAAAGUUCUUAAAAUUCUAUUGGCUUGAUGCUUGGGAAGACAGAUUUGUGAAACCUGGAGUUGUAUAUUUGUUUGGAAAAGUGUAUGUGAAUCCAUCUAAUAAAAAAGCAGGAUGUGCGUCUUGCUGUUUAGUUGUAAAAAAUGUGAAUCGUCAGAUGUUUUUGUUACCAAGGGAGUAUAAAUUAGACCCUAUCACACUGGAGCCUACAGAUCAAGAGGUGACCAUGAUGGAUGUGUACCAGGAGUUCAACUCCGCAGUGGCAAGUGAACUUGGCCUGAAGGAAUUCAAAUCUAGGAAAGUCACUAAGAGUUAUUGUUUUAACUUACCUGAUAUACCAGCUCAGUGUGACUAUUUAGAAGUGAAAUAUUCUGCAACAUUUCCACCACCUCCAGCAGGAAAGAAGUACCUUACCUUCUCCCAUAUAUUUGGUACAAACACAACAUCACUAGAAACAUUCCUACUCGAAAGGAAGAUCAAAGGUCCAUGCUGGUUGGAAGUGAAACAAGUGGAAAAUGUCCAAGCCAAAGUAUCUUGGUGCAAAUUAGAAGCAGCCUGCGACAAAAUGGAGUGCAUAAAUGUGAUUAGGAAUGAUAGUGAUCUGGAACCACCACCUAUUGUUAUAGCUACUCUAAAUAUGAGAACAGCUACAGAUCCAAAGACAAAUAAGACGAAAAUAUUAAUGUUGAGUUGUCUCGCGCAUAACUCUUUCCCUAUUCACAAACCACCACCAAAUCCACCAUUCCAUCAACAUUUUUGUGUAAUUACAAAAUGCAAUGAAAUGUGGCCUCUCGACCUCAAACAACACUUACCUCAAUACAAAGCCACAAAGCUAACCAAAUGCGACUCAGAAAGGGAGCUUUUGAACUUCUUCAUGGUAAAAUUCUGGAAACUAGACCCAGAUCUAGUGGUUGGGCACGACCUGCACGGCUUCCAACAGGACUUACUGAUUGGGAACAUUCUAGAUAUGCGCAUCCCAAAUUGGUCGCGUUUAGGACGUUUAAAAAGAUCUGUUGCUCCUCAGAAAAAGUUUGCUGCUAAAGACGCAUUUUUGGGCAGAUUAGUGUGCGAUAUCAAAAUAUCUGCGAUGGAACUCAUACGAGCGAGGAGCUUCGAUCUUGACACCCUAUGUGUAAACGUUCUUAAGAUGAAGGAAGGCGACCGUUUAGAUAUUGCUAUCGAAGAUCUACCACGUUAUUACGAGAAUACCAACGAUCUCCUACAGUUGGUCACUCUCAGUAUGCAAGACGCUUCUUACAUAUUGAAAAUAAUGUGCGAACUUAACGUAGUGCCGCUAGCUUUACAAAUUACACAAAUUGCUGGCAACAUUAUGUCUCGGACUUUAAUGGGAGGGAGAUCGGAAAGAAAUGAAUUUCUACUGCUCCAUGCCUUUACAGAGAAGAAUUAUAUCGUUCCAGACAAAGUUUAUGGAAAAAAAGCUGCUGAGGGUGAUGAAGAUCAAGAAGAAAAUGCUACUACUAAUGUAUCUAAGAAGCAAGGAAAGAAAAAAGCGGCAUAUUCCGGUGGUUUAGUUCUCGAUCCUAAAAAGGGGUUCUAUGAUAAAUUAAUUCUUCUCAUGGACUUCAACUCGUUGUACCCAAGUAUUAUUCAGGAGUACAACAUUUGCUUUACAACGAUCAAAAGGAAAGUCGGUGCUACGUCCGACGAUGAUAUAAACAACUUGGUCCUCCCCGCUCCUAAUACGGACUUCGGUGUUCUUCCAACACAGAUUAGAAAAUUAGUAGAAAGCAGGAGAGAAGUGAAAAAGCUUAUGAAAGCAGAUUUACCAACUGAACAAUAUAUGCAAUAUAAUAUACGGCAAAUGGCUUUAAAACUUACCGCUAAUUCGAUGUACGGAUGCUUAGGGUUUACACACUCUAGGUUUUAUGCAAAGCCGCUGGCGGCGUUAGUCACUAUGAAGGGACGAGAAAUCCUCAUGGACACAAAGGAAAUCGUACAAAAGCUUAAUUAUGAAGUAGUAUACGGAGAUACGGACAGUUUGAUGAUAAAUACAAACUGUUUAGACUACGACUACGUUUUCAAAAUCGGCAACGAUCUCAAGAGGGAGAUCAACAAAAAGUACAAGCAAAUUGAAUUGGAUAUUGAUGGCGUAUUCAAAUAUUUACUUCUGUUAAAGAAAAAGAAGUAUGCCGCAGUAGUAUUGAGCAAAAACAAAAAUGGGGAAUUUGUUUACACUCAAGAGCAUAAAGGUCUGGAUAUUGUGAGACGUGACUGGUCACAGCUCGCAGCCGAAGCCGGCAAAUUUAUAUUGAGUCAAAUCCUCUCCGAACAAACGGCAGAUGAAAGACUCGAAAGCAUCCAGAAUCACCUAAACAAACUCAAAGAUGAUUUAGUAAACGGCAAAAUGCCGCUGUCAUUACUGACAAUAACAAAACAACUCACUAAAAACCCCAAUGAAUAUGCGGAUAAAAAUGCGCAACCGCACGUCCAAGUGGCUUUGAGACUGAACGCUAAAAACAGUAGGCGAUUUAAAAAAGGGGAUAUUGUGCCUUAUAUUAUUUGUGAAGAUGGCACCGCAAAUUCGCCUACACAGAGAGCCUACCAUAUAGAAGAGUUGAAGAGUAUGGAUAACCUUAAAAUCGAUUUUAGAUAUUAUUUAGCACAUCAAUUACAUCCAGUCAUAUCUCGUAUUUGCGAGCCCAUAGAAGGCAUGGACCCGGCGAGAGUCGCCGACUGUCUCGGACUAGAUCCUUCUGGUUACCGACAAAUGAUUAAAAAAGACAACACCAACACCGACACAUAUGAAGUUGAAAAUGACCAAGAAAAGUAUAGAUAUUGUAAAGAGUUUACUUUCGUUUGUGUUAACGAAAAUUGUAAAAUGGAGAAUAGAAUCAGAGAAACGUUUAUCAAAUUGGACAAAGACAAUGUAACGUUUUUGGAGAAAUGUCAAAAUCCAAAAUGUUCAGUGAAACCAAUAGAUUAUCUAGCGUGUAUUCAGAAUCAGUUAAGUUUACAAAUACGGCAAUAUCACAGUCAGUAUUACGCGGGCUGGAUCUCCUGCGAGGACCCGGCGUGCGGGUACCGCACAGUGCGGCUGCCGCAAACGUUCGCCAGCGGCUACCCUUUAUGUCGGCAAUGUGAAAAGGGAGUUAUGUUCAGAGAAUACACAGAGAAAGAUUUGUAUUUGCAAAUAAACUUCUUUCAAUUUCUGUUUGAUAUCAACAAAAAUAAUACUUCAAAAAUAAAAAUUGCCCCACAUGUUAUGUCUGGAUACCAUGUUUUAAAGGAGAUGGUGGAGGACAGUCUGGCACAUUCUGCAUAUUCAAUAAUCAAUUUAUCUAAGCUCUUCAGAUUCUUCAAUUUAAACAAUAAGAAUGGAGACAAAGUAAAAGCAGAACUUAUUGAAAUAGAUAUUCUGCCAGAAACUGAACAAAUUGAUGCUUUGUUGGAAAAGGGGUCAUAU